AUGGUGGCGGGGUCGGGUGACUGGGAUCACCAUGUCCUCGAAACAGAGCGCCAUAUCCACUAUCAGAAUGAUGCUCCUCGAAAGGAACGAGUGUUCCUUCGGCCCAUUUAUGGGGCAUGUCGACCACAAAACGAUGAUAAAGAAACAGGAUAUCGAAUCUGCUCGUCCAAAGCACAGAAGACAAAAAGGGUUAACGAACGUACCUCUGUGUCCUGGACGGGGCCGGGCUUGAAGGAUGGCACCCUCUCAUUGGACAGCGUGGCGGCCCGUCAGGACCCGAGUGACUUUAUCCUAUUGGAUGAUGCUUCGGUCUUUCACGAGUCCGGCCCCGAUGCGAUGUGA